CUGAACUGGCCCCUCCCCGAGCACUUUUGGGGUAGAAUUCACCGCUUUCCACACUUUAUUUUUUUGGAUUUGCUGCAGAAGUAUUUGUCUUACAAGAUCAGCAAUGCAGAAAGUUUGUUCUCGGCUACACGGUCCGUCUCUUCUCGGGAAAACGGACCUGUGGAAUUCAGUGAAUGCGUGUGUGAAAUUCCACAAAGGUUGCGGUGUGCUUUGCCAAAAAUCAGCCGUGAAACACCCACCACCUGUGCUGCCCCAGAUUCCCCCAUGUGACUUUAAACCUGAGCCGUAUCAGGGCAUGUCUAAAGAACAUUUACUACACAUAAGGAAAAACAACUGCAACCCUAUGACUAUGAAGGUAACAUACUACAAGAAGCCAGUCUUCAUAAACCAGGGUUACAUGCAGUGGCUGUGGGAUGUGGAUGGAAGACGCUAUCUGGACUUGUUUGCGGGGGUCGCCACUGUUAGUGUAGGACAUUGUAACCCGAAAGUGACAGAGACAGCCGAGAAACAACUGAGGCGUCUAUGGCACACGACAGCAAUCUAUGUGUAUCCACAAAUGCAGGAGUAUGCAGAGAAACUGGCCUCUCUUUUGCCAGACCCGCUGAAGGUUGUCUAUUUUACCAACAGUGGCUCGGAGGCUAAUGACCUCGCAGUACUAAUGGCCCGGCUUUAUACAGGAAACUUUGAUGUCAUCACACUGAGGGGUUCGUAUCAUGGUGGCAGUCCACAGGCGACAGGCCUGACGUCCAACGCAGAUUACAAAUAUCCCAUCCCCUCUUCUAUGGGCUGCCAUAAUACCAUGUGUCCGGAUGUGUUCCGGGGCCUCUGGGGAGGAAGCCACUGUAGAGACUCCCCAGUUCAAACCAUCCGAGAAUGCAGCUGCUCCCCAGGUCACUGUCAGGCCAAUGACAUGUAUAUUAGAGAGCUCAAUGAGAUGUUCGCAACAACCGUUCCCAGUCGUAUCGCUGCUUUCUUUGCAGAACCCAUCCAGGGUGUUGGUGGGGCUGUUCAGUUUCCAAAAAACUACCUGAAAGACACUUACCAGCUUGUUCGGGAGAAAGGAGGAAUCUGUAUAGCAGAUGAGGUCCAGACUGGUUUCGGCCGCACAGGGAGCCACUUUUGGGGUUUCCAAGGACAUAAUGUCCUUCCAGACAUGGUUACCAUGGCAAAGGGCAUAGCGAACGGUUUCCCGAUGGGGGCUGUAGUCACCACAGCAGAGAUUGCCAGGUCAUUUGGGAAGGGAGUUCAUUUCAACACAUUUGGAGGAAACCCAUUAGCCUGUGCAGUCGCCUCAUCAGUGUUAGAUACAAUAGAGGAGGAGAUGAUGGAGGACAGUGCUGAAGUGGGGACGUACCUUUUGACCGAACUGGCCAAGUUCAGGGACAAGUACGAGAUCAUUGGUGACGUGAGAGGAAAAGGUCUUCAAAUCGGGGUGGAGAUGGUCAAAGACAAGGCCAGCAGGGACCCGCUCCCUCCUGAGGCCAUGGCUGAGAUCUUUGAGGACACUAAAGACAUGGGCGUACUGAUUGGAAAAGGGGGGCUGUAUGGACAGACUUUCAGGAUCAAGCCUCCUAUGUGCAUAACUAAAAACGACGCAGACUUCUUCCUUGCUGUGUUCAACCAGGCAGUGCAAAACUACAUGGAGAGAAGAUAAGACAUGCAGAACAUGAUGAAGACACACUGGCUCAUAUUUCAUCUGGAGAAUUUA